CGCUGAGACUGAAUGUUCGGAUGUAAACAGCAGUUCCAGAACCACAGCAGCUCCAGAGCUUCACUCUUGUACCGAUACUGGACGUCUCAGUAUCUCACAGUAUGAAGCGUUCAUCUGAACUGCCCUCCCUCCCCCAGUCACCAUCCCAGAUACAUUCUGAUCUGUACCAGAUGGUUCUGCAAAAUAAACACUUUCCACCCAUCAUGCAGAACCCGUCCUGGACUCUGGCGGCUCCGUUUAAGGAUGAGAGACAGUACAGGACCCCCAGCGAGUGUAUCGGCAACAACUACAGCCCACGGGCACGACAUCUAAAGAUCACCCAGCUACAGCGCAAACACACACACUCCUUGUCUGUGAGGUGUUCAGCUUCUACCAAGAAGAGACCGAGACUUACUGACAUACCACACAGCAGGUACCACACCCUCACUGCAGGUCAUCGAAAGGUAGACACCCCAGGAAGCCGACCUUUAACCCCAAAGCAGCAGCUAGACAUCCUGCAAGCUCAGGAGAUGCAAGAACAUAGAAGCCACACAGAACCUACUCAGGAAGACUUUGAGAGGUACAUGUACUACAUCACUGAGGGCAUCCAGAAGGACGUGCUGGCCCCUCAGCCACCUCAGCACGUUUCCAACAUUCUUCAGCUCCUUCCAGCCUGCUCUAGUGAAGAUGAAACGCAAACACGGCACGCUGGACUCCUGGAGGAAGUGGCCAGAGAUUACGACUUCAGCAUCCGCAAGAGCAUCGUGGAUUAUAUCCUGGAGGACCAUAAGGAACGAGAGCGUUUGUCCAUCUCCAGCGUUCCUCGUUCGUUUCCUCAGCGUGUGAUCCGUGCUCCGGUUCCCUGGAAUCAGAACUACCGAGACGCUCACAUCUGGAACACCCAGCACCUCUUUACUGUCAAUCCCAUGAUGCUUCACCUACAGGAACUUUGGAUCAACAAUUUCUCUGAUCUGAGGUUCGUGUGUUUGGAUGAUUUUUAUUCGGUGAAUCUGCCGCUGCUGCCGACUGAGUUUCAACAGUUCAUCCACAGUCAGUGUCAGAUCACCAGAUAUAAGCUCAUCCACAAAGCUGUGAUUGGCUACAAGCGCUGUCAAUCAAGUAUAUCGCCGCAUCUCAUUGGUCGGAGCGCCACCAUGCAAAGAUGGCCGUACACCGAAUUUCUCAUCGUAUUAACAAGUGAACAGAUUGAAUGA